ACAACUAUGAAUAAAUAAGAAUAUAACUAUAUUUUUCUAGUUGGAAAAUAUGUAGAUUUUAGACAAAAUUGUUACAGUUAAAAAGCAUUGCAUUUUUUCUUUUUAUUUCACGUAAUAACAUUAUUUUAAUACAUUUCUGUCCCUUUGAACUUUAUAAAAUUUAUAAAUGGGAACAUGUAAAAUUGGAUAACAAUUUGCCGUGCGGACGCGUUACAUAGUUCGGAAACGGGUUAUUUGGCUACUUCCGGUUAGAAGCAAAACAACCCUCAUGUGAUUCAGCUUUGUUUACAUCUCUUUUGGGGGGCAAAGAGAUUUCCUGUACUUUGUACUUAAGACGUGCAGUGAGCAAGGCAUUUUUUAUUCAGUCUAAUGGCUCAAAUUGUAGAUACAAAUAUAGCGUCAGUAAAAAUGACCGGCGCAUUUUCAGCAAUAGAUUUAAUGUCCAGUGAAGAGGAAACUGAAGAGUCCGAGCAUGCGAUUUUUGUCGAUGAGAAAUUUUGCAGAAGACCAAGAUCUAACGCGACGGUUUCAGAAACAACGUUACCUGACUUUUUGAAUAAACAAAUUUCAGAUUCUUCUGAACACGACAUGGUUCAUCAAAAAUGAAUAUUUUGGAAAUAAAUUAGUGCCGGUAGCUCACGGGAAAAGAAACCAUCAGCGUUAUCCUUUAGAAGAAUCCGAUCAUUUUGAAACACGGCGAAUAAAUGCUACCAAUCGAGGUUUAGAGUCGAAUGUGGAUGCACUCCCAUCUCAGACACAUUCAGAUAAAGGCACAUUAAAACAGGGUAUGACAGAAUCAAUCAUCAGAGCAAUGUCUUGCAGUUCUGGAAGCAGCAUGCAAGAGUUAUACUAUCAGUCAAGAUUUAACCCCUUUGAUCGUGAUUUUCAUUUGGAAGAGGAUCACUUCUCUGACAAUCCUGAGAGCAAUUUGUUUGAUCGGAAAAACUCAUCUCCAACAAGUAUAUCAUCCUGUCUGGACAGUGGAGAUAUAAUUAAUAAUGAUCAUGAAUAUAGCCAGGAGUCAGAUGAAGGGCAAGUAACCUUUGCUGAGCUUGGGCUGGCAGAAGACCACUUUUCCCACCCAGAGGGUCAUUUUGGGCUCAGCAAAACGGAAGAGCUGGAGCUUGCAAUUAGCAACUGUAAGGAGCUUAUUAUUGCUGCACCUACAAAUUCAGACCGACAAAAAAACCUGGUAUCAAAGCUUAUUCAGCUCAGGAUAAAACUACAAGAAAUAAAAGAAGGACCAGCUCCAGUUGAGCCAAACAUGUUAAUAGUGAUGGGACACGUUUUCAAGAAAAAGACAAGCCACAGUUCUAAAUACUAUUGUGAGAAAUGCAACAAAGUUAUCUGGGGAAUGCUGCAGGAAUGGCAUCGCUGUAUAGAAUGUGGAUACCGGUGCCAUGACAAGUGUGUGCAACUUAUAACUAGAACGUGUGCAAUAGUGAAGGUCAAAGAAAAUCCAGCAUUCAUUUAUGACCUUUGUCCUCGUAACCCCAAAGGUCUUGCAGCACAAGAUUUUCGAUGUGCGGAAUGUAGGAUGCAUAUAUCAGGCUCAGAUGGAAUGGAAGCUCGUUUGUGUGAGUAUAAUGGACGUUACUACUGUGAAAUGUGUCACUGGAAUGACCUGAUGUAUAUCCCAGCUCAGAUCCUUCACAACUGGGACUUUGAAAAACGCAAAGUUUGCAGGGCAUCCAAACAGUUCCUUAAAUUGAUGCGGACUAAACCAGUCAUCAGGGUGCAAGAUGUGAACCCUAUGCUGUUUAACUAUGUAGAGCAGUUAAGAGACAUCAAGCACCUAAGGGAGGAGUUGCUAAUUAUGAAGAAGUAUAUACUGGCCUGCCCAGCAGCCAUGGCUGCCAAACUGUUGCUGCAGCUGUCUUCUUGGCCACACUUUGUAGAGUGCUCGGAUCGCUAUUCAGUCCAGGAUCUUUUAGAUUCAGAUGAUUCUCUCAUACCAGACCUGGUGCAGGUUCACAGCUCCUGGGCCCAGCAUAUCAAGACUGAAUGUCAGGUGUGUCAAGGCCGAGGGUUUGUCUGCGAGUUAUGUUCAGAGAAAGAGGUGCUGUUUCCCUUCGACAACACUGCUGUUGUAUGUUGCAGCUGCAGCAAUGUCAUGCACAGGAUAUGCUUUGCACAGAAAGGAGUUUGCCAACGAUGUGAACGUCGAAAGAAACGCCAGCAGGACCAUGUUGAGACAUUAUGAUUUUGAAUAUGGGUAUAUUUUGGUACAUGCAAGAAGAAAGUAGAAAUGUGUCUGCAUGAAACAAUUUGUGACAAACUAAGCUUAUACAGCUUUUGCAAGUCUUUCAGAAGAACCAUUGUGAUCUGUAGUUUAAAGUUAAGCAAUGAAGGAUUAUUUCCUGCAAGCUGCAGGAUCUGUGUUUUUAUGCUUUUUGCCUUAUGUGCUUUAAUCGGUGGACUGGGGUUUUUUCCAUGAAGAAGUAAACAGUUUUCAUCUCACUUAGCAAAAUAUUAGUUGGUACUGAAUUUCUUAUACAUUAAAAAACAUCACAAAACUAACUGGAAUCUUUAUUGGUUUAACUUAACUGACUAAACAUCAGUAACUGAUCACAUUAUUAUUGUCCAAAGCUGUUGGUUGUUUCUGUAGUAGAACUUUAUCAGGUUUUAAUCAGGUUUUAAAUCUCAUUAGCUAUAUGCCAGAAUGAUAGCUACCAGAGCAGAAGUUAGCUAGUACUUGAUGGACAUUUAAUGCAGUUGAGUUAGUAACUGAGGCUUUAUCAUGACAAGUCCUAACCUGUAAACAGGUGUCACAUUAAAAGAGAAACUGUGUGCCUGAGGCGAGAUCUGUUCAAGAUUUUGAUGUCUUGGUGACACAUCCUUCACUGUUGCCACACUGGACUUGGGUAAUCUGUCGCUAUACCAGAAUCAGACUGUCAGAAAUCUUUCUACUUUUACUCAGUUUAUAUACUUAAAGAAACUUUUGCCUUAAGCAUAAUUUUUAAAGUGUUUGGAAACAGAUGUACGAUUUCGUCUUGAUCGCUGCUGUCUAACUUUCAAGCUCAGGUGCUGUUAUGUCCUAAAGUUUCUAUGUAGUCCUUAGUCUUCUGUGUAGCAGUAAUUAUUAUUGUUUGGUCGGUCAUUUGCGUCUGUUGGUCAAGGCAAUUUUUUUCAAAUUUACAGGUAUUGAAUAUGGCAAAUGUGUGUCACUGCAAGGACAGGAUAGGUUUUUCAUAAAGUAAUUUUGAGUCAGUCUCUGCUUUACUGUAUAUUGUUUCCACUUGUAGUUUGUUUUGUUUUUUGUUUUUUUUUACAUCUGACACCUACUGAUGCAUAUUUGAUAUGUAUGUUGAGGUCCACCAUGAGACCUCCACAUUUUGCUACAAUUUUCUUUGUCAUAUCACACUGUAAAGUGAACUGUGCCUAUUCUUUCAUUUGAAUUUUUGAACUAAAAACUUUGUUUUUGAUGUAAAAACUUUAAAGGUAAUUGCAAUCAAAAUGAAAUGUGUGUAUUCACUUAAAACUAAAUAGUACAUAAGAAGGGAAAGGAAAAAGGUUAAAUUUAGAUAUUGAUAAAAAAACAAAUUCUUGAUGUGGUUAACUAACUGCCCUUGUAUCAACAAUGAGAUCUCCGUGCAUAUGAUUUUUUUUAUCCUGUAAAUAUUUUACCAUUUCUUCAUGACCAGAAAUUCAGUUACAGUUUACUAUUUACAGUUCACUGCACAUUUUUUACAAUUUGUGGCUCAUGCACAAAGAAAUGGAUUACCAUCGUAUGAAAGGAUAUAAAAUUUUAAAAGCAGAAAAACAGAAGUUUUGACAGGACAUUGGUUUGGGCCAACUUGAGUUUGCUUUAGUAGUCUUCUUGUGAGUCUGGUGCAAAUAUGUAGUAAAAUCCAGUGCUACAACUGACACUUGUCGGAAACUGCUGAAAGCAAGUGGGCUGGUGAGAGACUUGCAUUGUAGGCUUUUAUUUUAAGAUAUGCAGGAUGAGAUCAGAAAGAUAGGUGCAGUCAAUCAAAAAUGAACGGAAGCUAGAUGGUGAGGGAGAAGUUUUUAAUUUUGAAAUUUACCGGACAAAAAAAAAAAAUUACUGGAAAGACAUUGCUGUAGAGGUGAAACAGUUCCUUUAAUUGCAGUGACACUGUUUAACAGCCUUCACACUAUCAGAAAGAGAGAGAGUGCUUCAUUUACAAUCAUAGUCUUGGUACUUGUCCUUAAGAGGGAGCUAGAGGAUUGUGUGCAGGGACAAUCUUGAUAGAUGUCCAUGAAAAGAAGCUAGAGGAUUGAAGUGAUGUGGGCAUUUCACGUAUUUCCUCCAUUUUCUUUUUCUAGUGUUGUAUUAUAGAAGUCAUCGUUAAGUUAAUCAACUUUUUGUGUCUGCUUUUAUAUCGCAACAAUUUAUUUAAGGUGCAUUUACAAAUAUGGGACAAUGUCUUCCUUUUGUUCUUAAAUAAGCCUUACAUGCUGUAAAACAAAGUUUGGCCAAAUAAAAAAAAAAGUAUGUA